AUGGGUGACCGCCGCUCAGAUUCGGAGGACGGUGCUCGCACCAAGCGCCAAAAGAUGGACGCGGGCGACCCCAAGAACAACCCUUACCUUGCCCACAUGUACGAGGACAGCAACGGCGCAGACAAGAAUUCGCCGCUGGCGAAGUUCAAACGGCACCAAACGACAGCCGCGAUGGCGCAGAAAGUCGAGGAUGGCGACAUCAAUCCUUUCAAUGGCAACCCCUUUUCCAGCAAAUACCUCUCUAUAUUGAAAACUCGACGCGACUUGCCUGUCCAUCAACAACGUGAUGAGUUCCUUCAACUUUACCAGCAAUCGCAAAUUUUGGUCUUCGUCGGUGAAACAGGUUCCGGAAAGACCACUCAGAUCCCGCAGUUCGUCCUCUGGGACGACCUCCCUCAAACUCAACGCAAGAUGGUCGCAUGUACCCAGCCCCGUCGUGUGGCUGCCAUGUCCGUCGCCCAACGUGUAGCGGAGGAAAUGGAUGUUAAACUUGGAGACGAAGUUGGUUAUAGCAUUCGUUUUGAGGACAAGACCAGCCCGAAAACUAUCCUGAAGUACAUGACCGACGGUAUGCUGUUGCGAGAGGCAAUGCACGAUCACAACCUGUCGCGGUACAGCACCAUCAUGCUGGACGAGGCUCACGAAAGAACAAUGGCAACUGAUGUCCUGAUGGGCUUAUUGAAAGAGGUGGUCGGCCGCCGACCGGACUUGAAGAUCAUCAUCAUGUCUGCUACUUUAGACGCGGAGAAAUUUCAGCGGUACUUCAUGGAUGCACCCCUUCUUGCUGUGCCUGGCCGAACACACCCUGUCGAAGUUUUCUAUACUCCUGAGCCCGAACAGGACUAUGUUGAGGCUGCAAUUCGGACUGUUCUGCAGAUCCAUGCCACCGAGGACGAAGGUGAUAUUCUUGUGUUCUUGACUGGUGAGGAAGAGAUUGAAGAUGCUGCUCGGAAGAUCGCGAUGGAGGGAGAUGAGAUGGUAAGGGAGGCCGAUGCCGGUCCUAUCAAAGUAUACCCACUUUACGGAAGUCUGCCACCCCAUAUGCAACAGCGCAUCUUUGACCCCGCGCCAGCUCCUUUGCGCAAGGGUGGCCGUCCUGGGCGAAAGGUGAUUGUCUCCACCAACAUUGCCGAGACUUCCCUCACUAUCGAUGGAAUUGUCUACGUGGUGGAUCCGGGCUUCUCCAAGCAGAAAAUCUACAACCCUCGUAUUCGUGUCGAGUCUCUCUUGGUCUCCCCCAUCUCCAAAGCAUCAGCGCAACAAAGGGCCGGUCGUGCCGGUCGUACACGCCCAGGAAAGUGCUUCCGUCUCUACACUGAAGAGGCCUUUAAGAAGGAGUUGAUCGAGCAGACCUACCCUGAGAUUCUCCGGUCGAACUUGGCAUCUACUGUGCUUGAGCUAAAGAAGCUUGGGAUUGAUGACCUUGUUCACUUCGACCUGAUGGACCCUCCUGCUCCCGAGACUCUCAUGAGAGCGCUAGAGGAGUUGAACUAUUUGGCCUGUCUAGAUGACGAUGGAAACCUAACCCAGCUCGGCCGUACGGCAUCGGAGUUCCCUCUUGACCCGGCCCUUGCUGUCAUGUUGAUCAGUUCCCCGGAAUUUUACUGCUCAAACGAAAUUCUCUCCAUCACAGCCCUGCUCUCUGUUCCACAAGUUUUUGUUCGGCCGAACUCUCAGCGCAAGCGUGCAGAUGAGAUGAAGAAUCUUUUCGCUCACCAGGAUGGUGAUCACCUCACCCUCCUGAAUGUUUACCAUGCAUUCAGAACUGCUGAAGCGCAGGCGAACCCGAAGCAGUGGUGCCACGACCAUUUCCUUGCCCUUCGAUCACUCCAGUCCGCCGACAAUGUCCGCUCGCAGCUUCUUCGCAUCAUGGAGCGUGAAGAGCUUGAGAUGGUUUCAACCCCUUUCGAAGACAAGAAGUAUUAUGAGAACAUCCGUCGUGCCCUUUGUGCCGGUUUCUUCAUGCAAGUUGCCAAGAAGGAAGCCCAGGGCAAGAGUGUCUAUACCACGAUUAAGGAUAACCAAAGUGUUCUGCUGCAUCCGUCCACGGUAUUGGCCCAUGAUGCGGAAUGGGUCCUGUAUAACGAGUUUGUUCUCACCACCAAGAACUAUAUCCGAACUGUGACCGCAGUCAAGCCCGAGUGGCUCCUGGAUAUCGCACCCACAUAUUACGACAUCGAUUCAUUCGCCAAGGGUGACAUCCGUUCCGCCCUUGUCCGUGCUGCUGAUCGACUCGCUCGCAAAGAGAAAAUGCGCUCUGAGAAGCGCCGGUAG